UUGAUUGAAGUUUUGGGAAAUACAUUGUAUUCUGAAAAUAGUCUGAAAUAUAUUGUAAUUUCUGAUUUCUCCAAAUUUUUCUUUGCAAUUUUAAAAAGAAAUAAGAAUAAUAUAAGAAUAAAUCGAGAAUGAUCAAAGUUCUGAUUUUAUGUUUACUUUAUUUUCAUAAUAAUUUUGCUUUUGACUUGGAUGAUGCGCAAUACGACAAGAUACCUCCUCUAUUUUCACUCGACAACUACCACAGUUGUCUUCUUAACAAUGGCACUUACUGUUUAGUUAAAGUUGAGCUGUUGGCGGAUUCCUCCAAUAAACUACUCAAGCUAUUAAAGAGCUACACAGAAUCAAGUCUUAUCACACAUUAUAACCACACGUAUCAGGAAAAGGGAAUAUGCGUAUCAAGAACGUGUAGAAAAUUUAUCGAUGACAAGAACCUGGAUUCACAAUCUGAUCUCCAAGAUGUUCUGGACAAGUGUAACAAUGAGACCACUUUCGCAAAGUAUGGUCUUGAAGCCAGGGUUUCUGAUAUAUUUUACUGUGAUAAGAAAAGUCAGAAGGAAGACAAUUUUUUUUUUGAUUGGGCAGUAUUAACACUAUUACUCAUUAUUAUACUGGUGAAUGUUACUGCAACUAUUUACGAUCUAAUGCUAGAUGAAAAUUCAAGAAAUGAUUUGACUAAAGGCCAAAAAAUAUUAUUAUGUUUCUCUUUGAGAAUGAACUGGAAGUAUUUAUUUUCAACAACAAAGUCAAAUCCGGACAAGCCAAGUCUAGAUGGAAUUAAUUUUGUGCGUGUAUCUGCUUCUUACAUGAUGGUAUUAGGACAUGUAGUCUGGGUACACACGAUGGGUUUUAUUGAUAACCCUCAUGAUUUCGAAAGGUCAUAUAAGUUACCCCAUUAUCAAGUAAUCUACAAUGGUAUGAUUGUAGUUCAAAUAUUUUUUGUACUCUCCGGUUUUCUUCUGAUAAACAACAUACAGCCAUUUUUGGACAAACACUCGCGGUCUGCAUCAUCAUGGAAAUUAAUGUCAAAAAUUUUCUUCGUGAGAUAUUUAAGAUUAAUCCCGUCACUCUCGGUAAUGUUAGCUUUUACCGCAACGUGGAUGAGAUUCAUGGGCUCCGGCCCUCUCUGGAACAGAUACGUCACGCCGGUCGUUGGGGACUGCAAGAAGUACUGGUGGACCCAUCUCCUCUUCAUCAAUAACUAUGUGAAGGAAAAUAAGUUCUGCGCGAUACAAACAUGGCACAUAGCGGCAGACACUCAAAUAUUAAUUUUGGCAAUAAGCGCAUACUUAUUAACGAAAAAACACUGGCGGAUGACGAUGUUAUGGGUCCUGUUGUUGUUGUCAUUUGUGCCACCAGCAUUGCAUGUAUUCUUUCAAGACUUGAAUGCUAUGCUUAUCAAGUCCCCGGAGUUUCUGCGGGACCUUGAAGACAUAAAUUUCAAUGAAUCAUACGUAUUCGGACAUAACAAUAUGUCGUGCUUUAUACUCGGAAUGAUAACUGCUGUCAAAUUAUAUGAAUGGCAGAAGAAACGUAUAGUGUUUAAGGGAAAGCUUUAUGUUCUUCUGUUCCGUCUCUGUGUGCCUGUCAUAGUCUUCUGUUUCUUUGCUGGCUGCAUGUUCUACCAAGAAGAUAGUCGCACUCCAUUGUGGAUCAGAAUCAUCUAUCAGAGCACUCAUAGAUUUAUCUUUGGCCUUCCGACCGCUUACAUGAUCAUAGGAUUCGGAAUGAACAUUGAUAGAGUUUUUGGUGAUUUCAUGCGAUGGCCCGGUUUCGCGGUGUUAGCUCGGUUAACGUAUUCAGUAUACUUGUUACAUAUGAACUUCGUGCCUCUAAUAGCAGGCUCCAAAACACAACUUGAGCACUUCUAUUAUUUGACCAUGAUUGUACAGCAUAUGGGUAUCGUUUUACUGUCGUAUGCAUUGUCAAUACCAUUCUUCCUUAUGGUAGAGGCACCGGUUGAUCCACUUAUAAAGGUCCUUUUAAAUCCUUCUAAAAAAUUAAAGGACGAGAAAAUGGAUGGAAAUCGAGACAUUUUAAAUGAAAACCAAGACAACAAAAAAGUAUGUGAAGAAAGAAAUGGAUUAUAUCAUAAUGAAACCCAAUCCAACGGUAUUAAAAAAAACCAUUAGCUCAUCAAAUUACGCUAUUAGUAAAUAAAUUUAGGAUGUAAUCAUCAGAGAACCAAAGUGGCUUUCAAGUCUUCCUGUGGACAAUAUGCAAGGCACGUUAGGAAGAAAUUAAUUAUAGGCUAAACAUAAUUCAGUAAGUUACCUAUAACUGAUUUCUUUAUAUCAGCCCUUUAUUAAUCAAAUCAUUAUAAUAAAGAUCGAGGAAACCGACUCUGAUAGUUUGUAUGUCCGUAGUAGACUAAUGAGUCCGCAAUAGACUUGAUGAUGCUUAAUAAAUAUACUUAAUCUUGUUUAAACCAUUUACAUAAACAAAACAAGCAAGCUUUAGUGUUAGAGUUGUUUUUUGUUGAUCAGACAAAACCUAACAUAUAUUUUUAAUUGAGUAUCAGAUCAAUCAUAUUUUGUACCUAAAUGAAGAUUUUUAUAGGAUAAUAAAAAAAAAUAUUAUUGUUUUAACAAUAAUUUUGUGUCAUAAGUGUGGCAUUAAUGAUUUUAUAGUAGAAUUUAAGGCUUAAUAUUUGUUACA